AUGCUAGAAAAACCAGUUAUUCCAAAUUCAUUGGCGGUUCUAGUUCAAGACAAACCAAUACCAAAAGCCAAGACACCUCCCUGGCCAGGCCAAUCCUUCAUAAUCCGCGACCCAAAAACGAACCUCGUCAUCGCGCUCAAUAACGGUAAUCUGAGAUUAUCCUCUCAAAGGACAAAGGGCUACAGUGAAGGAAUCCAUUGGUACUGUGUGGAAAAUGACGAGAUGUGGUUGGGCUUUUAUAACUCCAUCUCGGGGGCAUAUAUUGGGCACAACAACCGCAACCAAUUUAUUGCUACAGCAAGGUGGCAUGAUGCUUGGGAGUAUUUCUGCGUGCGGGAACACCCGGAUGGUGGGUAUUUGCUUCUGGUGAAGCAUUGGGGAGGUUUCUUGCCGAUGAAAGUAGGAAAGAGAAACAAUUUGGUGGUUGAUGUGGGGAGGAAUAGUGGGACGGCGUGGGAGUUCAUAAGGGUUUAG